UUCAUUAUUAUGGGAUGGCUGCAGAGACGGUGGAUGAACGGUGGGUCGGUGAUGCCCCCCAGACGCCCCCCGGGCCUCAGUCAUUCAGAUCAGCGUGUUCAGGUCCAGUGGAGUGACUAGGAACUCGUGAUUCUCCACACUCUCAGCUGCAGCUCCUGACCUUUAAAGAUGCUUUCACUGCCCUCAUCCACUCACACUGUAGUUCACUUUACUUCACUUCAGGGACCGUCUGCAACUUCUCCUCACCACAUCUAACUACAGAUAACGCGCUAAUUUGAUUUGCUUUAAUUUAAUUGAAAUUAGUUGGAAGUACAAUGAAUAAAGUCGCCACUCCACAGAAGAAGAAAAGACGAGAUUUUAUUCCUUACUUCCUCGGGUUCGUUCUCUUUCUCUACUGCACGGUGCAGCUGAUCUCGUUCACAGCAGAUGCAGCGCAGCAGACGCGGAGGAAACGUCGGGCUCUGGAGAAUGACACUGAAUGCAUCGCCCCGCAGUCCUCUGAGUUCCCAGACGGCUUUUUCACAGUGCAGGAGAGAAAGGACGGCGGUCUGGUCAUCUACUUCCUGCUCAUCUUCUACAUGCUCCUGGCGGUCGCCAUAGUCUGUGACGACUAUUUCCUGCCAUCUCUGGAAGUCAUCAGUGAACGUCUAGGACUUUCUCAGGAUGUAGCCGGGGCCACUUUUAUGGCAGCUGGGAGUUCUGCUCCAGAACUGGUCACUGCCUUUCUGGGUGUGUUUGUAACAAAGGGAGACAUCGGCGUCAGCACCAUCGUCGGCUCGGCCGUUUACAACUUACUGGGUAUCUGUGCAGCCUGUGGACUCCUGGCCUCAAUGGUGGGGCGUCUGACCUGUUGGCCUCUGUUCAGGGACUGCCUGGCAUACGGCCUCAGUGUCUCUGCCGUCAUUGCGAUCAUAGCUGAUAACCAGGUGUACUGGUACGAGGCUGCCUCGCUCCUGCUGGUCUACGGCCUCUACAUCAUGGUUCUGUGUUUUGACCUUCGCAUCAGUGAGUUUGUGCUGAGGAAGCUGAGUCCGUGCUGCACCUGCCUGGGCAACAGAUCAGGGCAGAAGAACGAGAACCAGCCCCUGGUGGACUGGAACGACGACAGCAGUCUGAGGAUCCACAGCCGCUCCAGAACCGACAGUGGAAUUUUCCAGGACGACUCUGGAUACUCGCACCUGUCCCUCAGCCUGCACGGCCUCAACGAGAUUCCUGAAGAACAGGGUAAAAGUGUGUUCUCGGUGCCAGAGAACGAUCUGCGGAGGAUCCUGUGGGUUCUGUCCCUCCCCAUCAUCACUCUGCUGUUCCUCACCAUCCCAGACUGCAGGAGAAGGUUCUGGAAACAGUGGUUCAUGGUGACCUUCAUCAUGUCUGCAGUCUGGAUCUCAGGCUUCACAUACCUGCUGGUGUGGAUGGUGACUGUUGUAGGCGAGACACUGGGCAUCCCUGACACAGUGAUGGGCCUGACGCUGCUGGCUGCUGGGACCAGUAUACCUGACACAGUGGCCAGUGUGAUGGUGGCCAGAGAAGGGAAAGCCGACAUGGCCAUGUCCAACAUCGUGGGCUCUAACGUGUUCGACAUGCUGUGUCUGGGCCUGCCUUGGUUCAUCAAGACCGCCUUCGUGGACACCAACAACCCCGUGGAGGUCAACAGCACCGGGCUGCUCUUCAUUUCUGCCACUCUGCUGCUUUCCAUCGUCUUUCUCUUCGUGGCUGUUCAUGUCAACGGGUGGAGACUGGACUGGAAGCUGGGAAUCGUCUCCCUCAUCUGCUACAUCCUCUUCGCCACUCUGGCCAUACUCUACGAACUGGGGAUUAUAGGAAACAAUCCCCUGACGCUGUGCAGGGACUGACUUCACAGUUGACGGGGACAUUCUGGGACCAAACAAGUCAGCGGAGACGUCAAAGGAAAGCAACAAUCUGUGUCAGAAAUGUUCGAUCACAGCAAGAAACUGAAAUGUCAGUUCACACAACGCCGCUGUGUCAUGGCUACAGAUCAUUUCUUGGCUUCUCAGAAAAAAGGACAGUUUUUCUACAAGGCUGGGACUGAAUGCCACGACUCAAUAAAUUUAUGACAGUCAGUGUGACUGAAUCAAUGGUAGCCAUUUACCUAACUGCCUAACUGAUAAGGUUUUACGGCUACAAGUGUUGAAAUGAGCCAUGAAGAGUGAAAAAAAACAAUCAGAAAUCCCCACGGCCGAGGUUAUCUGAAGUCACAAAAAGCUUUUAUCAGUUGUUCAUCAUUAACUCUACAAAACUUGAAAGGAACCUUGAGCUGCAACAAAAAGGAAAAAAGUAUAUUCUAAGUAAUUUAUAGUGAUUGGAGUCUUAACAGGCAUCACAAACACAAAGGUUUCAGAUCAUUACUGGGAGAUAGUUUUGUUUUGGUAAUGGUAAAAAAAAAAUCUGCUUUGUUUCCCUCAUAAUUUCAGGUUUCAAUAAUUAUGAGAAUUAAUAUGCUGACAGUUAGACUUUUUGUGUGUUCUCUAUCACAUAAACCACACACAUAUAAAGUGUUUAAUACGUUUUUUGUUAUAUUGUAUUUAAUAUUUAAAUUAGAUUUAUAUAUAUACAUAUAUUUACACACAGUUUAUAUAUAACAUGUAUACAUACAUCUAUAGUGUACAUAAUACACACAAAUAUAUGUAUAUAUGCAU